UCGAUGCGUUCCUUUCAUCGGACACCAUGAGAAUUCUUGACCGGCAGGGGGGAGACUGAGCAAAAGGAAGGAAUCUUACUCCGGUCCUGAUAUGCGCUUGAUUGAGAACCACUCGCGGCUCGCCACCGUGUCACUAUGGAACCGGAGAGUCCACGCCGUCGGGAAGGCCGAUGGUCGGUAUCCCGUAGCCUCAGUAGUGUGUCCCGUCGAAUGGUGCGAGCUCGUGCAAGCAUUUCUAGCUUUGUUGCUUUGAAGUCCGCCGAGGACGCAUCCCUCCCUGGUGAUGACAGUGUCGGGGACAAUGAUUUUAUCCCGAGUCGCACUUCGUCACUGGUGCAACGGUCCGUCUCACAGUCUCCAAAGAAGCGACGCGAUAUUUCCGCGUUGAACUGGACGGUUCAUGGCGACCGUUAUCCAUUGAUGCACAUGGAUCGCUCGUGCACGAGUGAGACCAGCGCCGAGCAGCCUCCGGUCUACAGGUCCUCCGGAAUUCUCCAUGUGUCGACUUUCAGCAGGAGCCGUCACAAAAGAGACCCGAGUAUGUGUGACGAUGUCUUCGAGGGGCGGCAAGAUAUUCCACGUUCAUCUCCCAUUCCUAUUCGCGCCGCGCCUCCCAGACUUGCGCCUCUCAUGGAUGUCGAUAUCAACACCGAUUCCUUGGAGUCGAUGAUCAGCCAAGAAAGCAGCCGAAUCUACCGCACUGCCAAUGGAAGCAGCCCUGAGCACAAAAUUUUCGGAUCACUGGAGUUGGACGACAAGCCGCCAAACUAUGAGCAUCGAGGAUUUACCGAUGCACUCCAGCCUGCGAACACCACGGAGAAGGCACAAGAUACGGUCCCAGCCCUUGAGCAUCAAGCACGUACCAGCAGUGCUUUUGCUGAUCGGGAACCAAAGUUUAAAAGCCCCACGACUUCCUUCCGGACGGAUUGUUUCAUCACCCCGAUGCCAGGCACCGGAUUUCCAUUGGAACCGAACGCAGCGGAGACCCCGCGUCGGAGUCGUCGACGAGAAGUCCGACCCCUUCCGCAUUUGUCACUGGACGCAGCCACAGACCAGAUCUUCCAUGACCUCGAAGUUGCUGCUAGGGAAGAACCAGAGAAGGUGACGGAGACGGUUGAGCAGCAAACAGCUCACGAAGACGACCCCGAAGACGAGGAGGCAACGGCCAAGCUGACCGACCAGCAUGCAGAAGAUGUCCCUAAGGGCACCAUCCCAUCAUCCGCGGUUGCCUACGUAGCCAAAUCGGAUGAGUCCCAGCCGUCGCCUAUCGAGGGAGUCAGUGUUUUCCAUCAAUCCGGCCGAAACUCACCCGUAUUCGUCUUGACUGCUCCUCUCGAUACUUCCGCCCCCCGACAGGAAUCUGUGGAAAGUACCGUAUGUGAACCUGAAGGAGCCAAUCUCCACGUUGAAAACGGACGCCACGCCCCAGACUGUACUAUGAAGGACCCCGAGGACGCAGUUGAAGACGAUCGUCCGUCCACCAAUGACACAUCGGUACAAACCGCGAAUGAUGGAUCGCAAGAUGAUCGUAGCACCCUUCGAACACUGAAGAUGAGCCAGUCGGAUGAGGAAUUGAUGGAGGAAUUGCAUCGAUGUCUCAAGCACGACGAGCACGAGAAGCAGGGCGAGCAGGGCGAGCAGGACGAGCAGGACGAGCAGGACGAGCAUGAGGAAUAUGACGAAUAUGACGAGCAGGACGAGCGUGACAGGAAGGAGGAAUAUGAGGUGUAUAAGGACUAUGACGACUAUGACGAGCAGGAAUGGAAGGACUGGCACACCGUGCAUGACGCCCAUGAGUUCCAAAUCUGUCAAGACUGUCGGGACUGGCGGGACUGGCGGGAUUUGCGGGAUUGGGAGGACUGGCGGGAUUGGGAAAAUUUCGUGGACGAGCAGGCGAAGCUGAAGAAGCUGGCAAAGCUAGGCGAGAAGGCCAAGAUGAACAAGCUGGGCGAGCAGGACGAGCAGGACGAGCAGGCCAAGCUGGACAAGUUGGACGAGCGGGACGAGCGGGACGAGCAGGCCAAGCUGGACAAUCUGGACGAACAGGACGAACUGGAUGAGCAGGCCAAACUGGACAAUCUGGACGAGCAGGACGAACUGGAUGAGCAGGCCAAGCUGGAUAAGCAGGACGAACAGGCCACACAGGAUGACCAGGACCACCAGGACCAUCAGGACGAUGCUGCCAGUUCGACAACCUCGACUGCAACCACCGCCGAACCAGAGUUAAACGUUACCGAAGUGAGUGGUGAUCAGCAUGCACGCCCAUGGUAUGGAAUGUUGUUCCGCCUGCAUUCAGACUCGAAAGGACCUCUCGACCAGGCCCGGAACGAGGCUGACGAGUACAGCGAUGUUCAAGGCAGCAAAACACGGGAGGACAAUACCAACUCAGCCCUGAACGAUGGGUUAGACGGAAAGGACUCUACACCAUUGACCUCAUCCGGAGAUAUGGGAUGCCAAACUGAUGAAACGCGAUCCAUCGACGACGAACCGCAGUGUAAGACUGAAUUGGAUGCCACCCAUACCUGCGAGGUCAGCACGAAGUGCCCAUCCUGUCUCCGCAGCUCUGGGCAGCAGGAUUCAGAAGGUGUAUGCGGCCAGUAAGACUAUCGACCUAUGGUUGGCCACUGCUCGUGGCUGGUUCUGAAGUUGUCUAGGAC